UCCCUUCCGGUCACAGAAAGCCUUUGGCGAGUGGUGUGUGUAGCCGUGUGCCUUGCCUUAACCGAAAGUCUAUAAAUGUAUCCUCCCGCACCGCAGUGAGUUCCAUUUUCGCAUUUUUGUGCGACGAACAGUACCCCGGUGCGAGGAUCCGUGCACGCUAUUGCCACGUGGCAGCGGCGAGGCUAACGGGCUACAACACUAUCUACCAAUUUUCUGUGUGAUACUUUACUGGGUGCAGUGCGUGAGGUCUGUUUCAACUCUAACAGCCAAAAAAACAAACAAAACAAAAAAACACACUUACCGACAUGGGUUUACUCGCACCAAUCACAUCUUGCGACGGCGAGGAAGAGCUGCAGGUACAGCUGCGCAGCGUUAUCAUCACCCGGUCGAAGGCGGGUGCAACGGUGGACGAAAUAAUAGGUACGGCGAGCGCGAUCGAACGCCGGAGGAUCGUGCUGCUCUGGCUGAGCCGCGUGCUAAUGUGUGUUUGUGUGAUUGUCCUCUAUUUCACUACCGUUCACGUAGACGACUAUCGGGAGCUAACGGGGAUACACCUGCUGGACCGAUUUUACACCCAUUCCGCGCUGCUAAACUACCUUUUCGGGAUGGAGGGCGUUUGGUGCUCAACCGACGGUGCACAUGGUUUGAUGCUGUGGUUCUGCCGGACAGCCCGGACCAAGCACGUGGUCGACAUGAUACAGGCGCAGCGGUCCCCGCGCGGCCCCGGCGGCAGCAAUUAUCGACGCUACAUGCCACGUGCUACCGGGGCGCCGGUGAACAACUUUCAGUACUGCUACUCGACGGCCGGCACGCAAAUGGGCGGCCCCGGCACCGUGGAAUCUGAUGGCCUUUUCGGCGAUAUGAUGCCACAGCCACAGCCGGCACGGCCCUACCGUGUGAGGCGUGCGCCCCGCGCCGAGAGAAGACAUCCGUACACGCGUCGAAGCGGCGGCCAGCACCGGUCCGCAGGUUGGAGACAGUCCCGAUCGGAUGAGCUUGAUUUUUCGAUGUACGGACCGUCGUACCAUCGUCAUCAGCUGGUGGGAGACGACUUUUUCCUAGCCAUAGCUAAAUGGGAGCUCGGAUUUUCAUUCGAUCCAGGCCACGACAUCGAUAUGAGCGGACUAUGCAUCUCAGGACUAACGCUCUCGGAGGCUGCCAAACGCGUCGAGAUGGCGCCGUUCAUCGCGGACCACGUGCUGGUGAACGUCGGCACGGUCGAUCUGCUGCACGGACGCGCGAUGAUCGAUCUGAUCCAUGACUUCAACCAGCUGGUGGCCCGGUUCCGCGAGCGUAACGUGGAACCGAUCAUGACAACGCUGACUCCGAUCGCCAACAGUGGCGGCCGCACGACGAUGGCCGAGCGGCUGCUCAAGCUGAACGAGUACAUCUGCCGCACCUGUCCGCGCACGAUCGAUCUGUGGAAGCACUUUGUGCACGCGGACGGUACGGUGCGGUUCGAGUGCUUCCAGCCCGGACCGCGCAAGGUGUCCGGCAGCAUUAUGCCGCACGUGCUGUGGAACAAGCUCGGCCGGCAGCACAUGCUCGGUGUGCUGGGGAACGAAAUAGCCGCCCAGCUGACCACCAGCGAAGAGUGGCGGUACUACUGACCGCGCGCACCCUCAAUCGUUCAUUUGCCCCGUACCCCGUUCGAUGGGGGAUUGGGACGUGUUUGGUAGUGUUAAGCUUUCCUCCUCGCAGUACGGGGCCUCGCACCAUUCCCUCCCUGCACGCGCACCCAGUUCCCACCGUUUUCUUUUAACUUGUUAUAUUCGUGUUAUUGUUUCGCGUUGGUGACCUGCGUCUCUUAUCCUUUACGUAAGUGGCGCGCGCGUGUAUUUUUGUGCUUGUUGUUUGCUUAGUUGCAUCGCUUGUAAUGUUAAGAACAAACGCGCUAUCGGUGCCAAUUGUUCCCACCGUAUGGCAACGCGGCACUAGAGCGGCACACUGUACACCUUGACCCCGGGAUCAAGCGCAUCGUACGGUGUGCUGUUCCUGUAUCCCCACCCGCGGGGUGGUGGUGGUGGUACGGGCACGCUAGCACGAAGCAGCAAGAGUUUGUCCUUCCGGAAGACGAAUUGGCUUGAUGCUUCGCAACAACUGUGCUGGGCCCAGAUCGUGCCCGUACCCGAGCCGCACCGUUGUGACGCCAGAGGCAGUUCCAGUUUGGUGGUUCUUCAGCAGAUCGGCCGAUGUCUAGGAGAGCCAGUAGCCUCGAACUCCCAGCAAGCUUCGUUUCGGUGCAGUAACUAGUAAAUUGACUUGCAACGUGUGCUAGCGACCGGUCCUGUUUGUAAGUCAGUUUCUAAAAACCCACCGCCCCGCGGUGCGAAACGUUCGUUGCCAUGGGAACGGAACAUGGUAGGCGCACGAUAGAACCUUGAGCGAACAUUAUUUAUCCUGAUCAUGGUCAGUUUCAGUACGCGCACA